AUGCGCCGCCACACGGAAAGCGCGCCGCCACCGCCACCGCCGCCGCCCGAGAGAAGCCCGCACGUGCGCUGGCACCCGACCGUGCGCUCGCCGCGGCCGACGCCGCGCUACUACCGCGGCCUCCCGCCGCGGCGGCGACUCAUGCCGCGCGCGCCGCCGCGGAGCCGGUGGCGCGCGACGCGGUUCGUCGUAGCGUGCGUGGCCACGUACACGCUCUGCACGCUCCUGCGGGACGGACCCCCGUCGCGCGUGGCGUCCGUGGUCGUCGUCGGAGCGAUGGGUUCCGGGACGGUGCACACGAGUCGCGAGCUGCGGGCCUUGGGGCUGGACGUGACGCACGAGCGCUUUGAUGGGCGGGACGGCGCCGUCGGCUACGCGCAUGCGCUCCUUUAUUUAGAUCCGCUCGACGACAAGGAGCGGGACCCGCUCUGUUUGACUAAUCUGAAGCGCGCGUGGCACCCCCAACUAAUAUUUUUGGACGCGCGCGGCGAGUGCGGCGAGGAGCGGGACCACCGCGGCGCGGCGCCGGGCGGCGCGAUGAAGCGCAUCGGUCAAUGCUGGCGGAAAGCGUGCCCGGCGGCGGCGCGGCGCUGGCGCGGCUGCGGCGCCAAGGGCACGUGCCCCAUCCAGCUGGCGCCGAAGCCCGUCGUUUUGGUGAGACACCCGCUGCGCACCGUCGAGUCCCUCGUUGCUGGUUUUUGCGGCGACGGGGCGCUCGCCGCGAACGGGACGCGUUCGGUUGAGCCGCAGAUCCUGGCCAUGGCGCGCAUUGUCGGGCUGGAGGAGGCGCCGCUCGCGCAAAUCUCGUGCGCGCACGGCUUCGCCCGGGCCUGGGCGGCCUACUACGGCGCGCUCGAGCUUCUUAUUAAAAAGGGCGCGGCGGCCGGCGUCGUCCGCGUCGAGCAGGACGACGGCGUUUGCGCCAUCGUUUCCAAGGCCGCGGCCGCCGCGAAGCCGCCUCAACGGCUGGCCGCCGCCGCGGAGACGUGCGCGCACCGCGGAUGGCGCGCGUGGCUGCCGGCGCUCCGCGAGCGGUGGGAGCGGAUUUUUGAAGUCGGGCCGUUCGACGACGGCGCGAACCGGCGCAACGAGGGGCGCCUGCGCCUGUCCUGGCGCGACCUGCGACGCGUCGACAAGCCGCUCGCGGCGGAGAUGCUGCGCCUCGCGGAAUUUUACGGGUACGACAAGCCGCGCGCCGGCGACCGGCUGCGGCCGGACUAG